AUGGAUCACCGCUACGCUAAUUGUAAGUCACCGUUUGUGGUGUGGGGUUCCACAAAGGAGGGUGAGAAGCCGUCGGAAGUACAGGGCUACGAAGAGGACCAAAGCGCGAAGAAGGAACGGCAAAACCGCCGUUCUGAACGAAGGCGUUUGCAGGCUCAGCUGCGCGAAAGGGCCAAAAUGGAACUGGAAUACGUGAGAGCCGCCAGAAGGGAGUUGCAUAACAUAGACAUAUUCCCCUAUAAGGCACGUGAAAAAGGCGCAGCAAGCAACCGAAACAUGCCUCGAAAGAUGCCCCUUGCUGGCUCAACAGACGUAUCAAAGGUAAGGGGCUUCAUUCGGGGCUUUACUACCUCUUUUGCCUUCUUCCCGGGCGAAUACGGCGAACUCGCUGACGAUUCGGGGAGGCGAGUAUCCCCCAUAGCAACUACCGACCAACAAGAAGUAGUAGGUCUCGCGGUUGCCUCGCCAGUGAUUCCUGAUCGAGAGGGCAUUCUCCCCGUUGUCUGCGAGCUAGCAGUUCCUGAACAAGCAUCCGCGACCGCCGCAAUCCCCGAGGAAGUAGCUUCUGAGGCGGCCACUGCCACACAUACUGUGGCGGAGCAAUACGCUUCUGCAGCAGUAAUUGACGUGUCGCAGCUCUCCAAAAUACGGGCAGCGGUACCCAUGGCCGGAGAAGAGGAGGUGGAAAGAGCAAAGUUCUUGGCAUCAGCGGUUCCGAAGAAAAGUUUUGCAUCGAUCGUUAAACACUUGCUCGCCUUUGGCAUAGUUUCCCCAACAGCAGCUCCUGAACUACGGGCGACCGCAGAAAAGAUUGCUGAAAUGGAGGCGCAUUUAUCAGGGACUGCUGCGUGUGCAGCUCCUGGGCCAGAAGGGGUCCAGGAGCGUCUAGGGUGUCGCCACGGGGCCCAUUCUGCAACAGAUGUAGCCAAAACACUGAGUCGAAAUAUCUCGCGCAGUCAUCCCUUGUGCUACACACUGCUUUCCAUCCUCAAGCCAAACUCAACAGCUGAUAGCAGUUCUUCGUCUUCAAGCGAAGACGAUGAGCCUAAUUUGCCUGUCUACAGGACAUUGUCGGUUCAGAGGCGGAGUUGCUUGAGACGCAGGAAGCCCUUCUGGUAUUUUCGUAUGAACAGAGCUCGUGUGGGUUGGGCACGAAAUGCUGAUGAAGCCGUUUAUAUUCAGUGCGUUGCUCCGGUGGUCUCGCUCCUCCCUCCAGAAACCGUCAAAGUCCGCUCACCCUGUUCUGAUGUACCACCAACGCACUUCAAAUUCGCGUUUUUCGGGGACGCAGCGGAGAGAGCAGCAGCAGCAGCAGUGGAAGCAGCAGCAGCGGGGGACCCAGACAGGCAAGCAGCAGCAGACGCUGCAGCGGCAGCAGCAGCAGAACUAGCGAGGGAAGCUGCACAAGAAGCAGCGGAAGCGGCAGCAGCAGAGGCUAAAGCAGUAGCUGAAGAGGAAUCAAAGGCACUAGCACGACUGAGAACAGUGGCAGCCGUUCUAGCGGACUCAGAAGCAAGAAAAUUACAAGCGAAGGCCAGAGCCGGGGUACUCCGUAGGGACGAAUUCGACCGCUGGCGGCGGCGCCUGGAGGAGAACUAA